AUGACAAAUUUUCGUAAAGUUGGUGAACGUUUACUUCCACAUGAAGUUAAUCAUAUACGAAUUAAUCCAUCAAUGGAUAUUGUUGCACUGGCUUUAUCCAAUUCGGAUAUAGCUAUAAAUCGUUUGUUUUCAUGGCAACGUGUUUGGUCAAUUUCAAAACCGAAAAUUCCUUCAAAUGAUAGUGGUGAAAUUAUUAAGAUUAUCGAUAUGGUAUGGUCGAUUGAUGGAAAAAUUCUUGCCGUUGCUUAUAAUCGACCGAUUGAUUGUGAAAAUCGUUCGAAAAAGAAUUCUGAUUUAGAUUCUCAAACCGCAACAAAACCUGAAUAUGUUUCAUCGAUUGUUUUAUAUUUGAUUGAAUCAAAUCAACGUGUUUGUGUUCAUAAUUUGGAAUAUCAAAUUAAUUGUCUUUGUUGGCAAGUAAAAAGUUAUUGUCCGGAUUCGGAAUCAUCAACAACAAUGAAAGCAAUUAAUAUUGAUGAUAUUAAAUUACCAUUAGAUUCGAUAAAUAUACCUUAUGUUGAUCUUUGUAUUUGUGAUGAAGAACUAUUAAAUUAUCCAUUCAAUGUAACUACAUCGGGUAAAAGUUCGGUAAAAUCUACUGGUGGUGGUACAUACCAAAGUGAAACAAAUCGAAAUAAAAAAUUUAGUUCAAAUCUACCACCAUUGACACGGCUAAAUCGUCAAGAUGAAUUUGUAUCAUAUGAUCGAAUGAAUCUGUUGCAAAAUAAAUCAAUCAAUAUUCUCACUGUUGGAACUGAACAAAAUUCAAUACUUUUCUAUCUGUUUGGUUAUUAUCAAAUUUUAAAUAUUGAUCUUAAACAAUUUAAGAUUCAAAAUGAUAAUCAACGAUUAAAUCAUAAUCAAGAUAAUGGUGGUGACGGAAAAUGCCAAUCACAACUAAUGUUAUUUGAAACAAAAUUAUUAGGAAAUUUAUGGAAAGAAAUUUUCCUUGUUAAUCGUAUCCGUUUGAAUAUUGAUCUGCGUAUGGAUAAUCUUCGGGAUAAAAUUAAUGAAAUUUGUUCAAUUUGGUCCGACGUUAUAGCUGAUAUAAAAUCACGUUUAUCAAAUUAUCAAUUGGUUUUAAAUUUAGAACGUUUUUUAAAUGAUUUAAAUCGAAAAGAAACUUCGAAAUUAUAUCAUUCAUUUGAACAAUGUUUGGAUGAUAUUUAUCGUUUGAUUAUAACUAAUUUAUUGAAUACAUUAACACAGAUACUGUCGUAUUUGGAUAAUCUUCGAGGUAUGGCAUUGAAUGAUUUUCUAUUCGGUGAUCUGGGCAUUUCCAUUGAUAAUGUUAAUGAAUUUCGUCGUGAAAUAUUAUGGAUGAUGGAUAAAUGUAAUCAAUUAAUGACAACAUUAGAUAAUUUAAAAUGUAAAAUAUUGGCUAUAACAAGAUUAAUUUAUAAAGGUAUAUUUAUGUCACAAUAUUCAAUGGAACAACAAAAUGAAUUUGAAUAUUCAAAAUAUUGUGAUGAUCAUCUGUUGGAUAUUGGCCCUAAUAAUGCAUCGACAAUAUCGAUAUUUCGUUUUCAUCAACCAAUUCAUCGUGAUAAUCAUUUUGAUUUAUUACAAUUUAAUCUAAUUGGAAAUUGUUAUCAAAAAGAAGAUUCAACAACAAUCUAUUCAAAUCGAUGGCACUGA